GGGAGUUGUUGCUUACUCCGAAAGUAGUACAUACUUCUGUCGUCUAUAAAGUGCUAAUAAUUUACCGAGUUAUGUUUACAAUAGAUCACUAGAUGGCUACGUCACUGAAGCUCUAUAGUCACACAAUUACAAGUACGUACCUGAAAGCAAAUCGGUACCCUACCUCCGUACUUGUGCGGGUGUUUCCUCCAGGCUGACAACCGGCGAAGGAGCCACACUCCAAAACGACUCAUAUUAAAAGCAAAACGUUUCCUGCUGUACAACAUUCUCAUAUCACUUAAAUUUUUGUCCCACCAGCACCAUAAUAUUCUACCCAAAUAUUAUACGCAAAAUGUACGGGAUAGAAAUUAUUCACAUCCCCCGCGAUGAAGCCAGUAUAAAAAAAUACAUAGAACGCUACAAAGCCUUCCGACUUCUCACACUCCAAGUCGCUCCUGAGUCCUUCGGCACGACCUACGCGAGUGAAGCAGCUUUGAGUGAUCAAAUCUGGUACGACCGUCUCGCGAAUCCGCUGGCCAGAACGUGGAUGGCUUUUCAAGGCGAUGUUAUGGUCGGGUCAAUCACAGUUGUGGGACCUAAGCAGUACCAUCCUGAGUGAGUACUUUCUUUACCGGAAAAAAAAACCCAACACACCACGUCCUACCCCCUCCCUUUGGGCAACUCUACUGUAUUUCGUGCGUCGUAAUUUCGUUUAACCCAGUAUAUUCUAACCCCCAAAGCUUCGUGAGAAACCCCUGGUCUCCUCCCACCGAAGACCUUGACCCAAAUCCCAAUCCUACCUAUGCACAUUUCAGCAUCAACUGGGUAUUUACCAAUCCCUCGGUUCGGGGGAGAGGGGUCGCUAAGACGUUGAUGACAACUGCUCUCAAGUGGGAAAUUCAAAAGGCCGCUGAUUUGGGCAAGGAGCUGGUUUCUACGCUGGGUGUUGAUGAGGAUAAUAUCGUUGCUGUUAGUUUGUAUAGGAAAUUCGGAUUUGUGCAGACGCAUGCGGCGCCCAGGCCGGGUGAUGAUACGAUGGGGCUUUUGAUGAGGUAUUUUCCUGGUGAGGAGGCGGCUGGUUUGCUGAAGUAGAUGUUGAAAUGGAUUAUGAGUGGGGGAGGGGGUUGAUAGUUCAUAUUUUCUUGUUGUUUUAUUAUCUAAGACAACAAGCGAGCGAUACUGGACAGAAGUGAG